AAACCUCCUCUGUCACUCCCUCGCCCAACACCAGCAGGAGCUCGAGUGGAGAGGGAGAGAGGAGGGGGGAGCGACAGAGUGGGCCUCGAGAACGACGGGAUCUUCGACAGCAGCACAGACAUCGAGUCGUUAGGCCUGGGUCGAAUCGACAAGAAGCUGCGGCCGUCGAAAGGAGCGAGAACGCACCUCACGAACGCCCUCGCGACGGUCGUAGUCAUCGUAGCCGUGGGCGGGGGCUGGUACCUCUCCCGCGACUACCUCCGUCAGGUACUCCUGUGGGUAGCGGUGCAGGAGGCGUGGGCGGUCGUGCUCGUCUUCCUGGGGCUCUUCACCGUCGUCUCCUUCCCGUUCAUGUGGGGCUACAUCCUCGUGAACAUCUCCGCGGGAUACAUGUUUGGGACGUGGCGAGGACUGGCCGUGGUCGUGUCAACCGCCACCGCCGCCGUGUUCCUCGUGCACACGCUCCUGCGCUGCUGCCUGAGGGAGUUCCUCCAACGACGUGUGAUGACUUCGAGAGUCUUGCGCGCCCUUCUGUCUGUGUUGGGCGGGAGUCAGGCUUUCAAAGUCAUCGCCAUCACGCGCCUCACGCCCAUCCCUUUCGGUUUGCAGAAUGCGGUGUUUGCUGUGUCCCGCGUUUCGACUUGGCUCUACCUGUUCGCAACGGUACUCGGCUUGCUACCAACCCAGAUCUUGAAUUGCUACCUUGGGACGACUGUUAGGAGCUUGGACGAGGUGGUUUCUGAUUCCUCGUCUGCCACUGCUACAGGAUGGAUUGUAUUCGCGGCGCAGAUCAUCAUCAGCAUCUGCCUCACUCUGUGGGUCGUGCGUCGUGCCAAGGCGGAACUCCACAGCACGAUGGCGUUACAGCUUUCGGACACCGUCUCGACCACGGCUUCCGCGAGCCUCCCCUGCACGCCCAAACGAGUUCCCAACACGUCCAGUUACCGAAGGGCAUCCCACACCGACGUCGCCACCAUCACAACUUCGGGCGUCCUCGAGAACCACGUGUACAAGGGCGGCGUCCCCGGCAGGAAGGACCGCAGCUCAAGUCUCUUUCUCGAGCUUCUUCCCAACAAUUUGAAGCAUAUGGGUCUGACCUACGGCGUCGAGGAGGAGGAGAGCAAGACCCAUCACAAGGGGGAUUCCACCAAGGGGAAGCCUGGAGGAUCCCCAACCACGUGCUCCACCUCCUCGUCCUUCGUUCCACACAGCUCCACUUUUUCCGCCUCCCGCAGUUCUUCCACCGACGAUGACUUUAUCUUCGUCUCCGCUCCCGACCAUCCUGCGUGAGACAAGCAUCCUGAGGAGGUCACUUCGGAAGUCAAAAGAGGUCGUGGGAGCUAGUGCCAGGCGAACAGACGCUGGUCGGAAGGACACGCGGGGAACGAUCAACUUUCGUACCGGGGCAGACAGCGGGUGUGAGGGAAAGAUUGUCCAUUAGAUGGCAUCGGAUGCAAUGGCCUUACUGCGCGUGAUUUAUUUCGUUAUGGUUACUGGCUUUGAGACAUUUUAUGGCUUUACUGGAAAAAAAAUAGUGUGGUUCGUUUUCUAUCCACUCUUAUGCUAAGCCAUUGCUUCAACCUAACUCAACGCGUGCACGUAGUAUUUUCUCAACAAUUUUGAAUUUCUUGUUUUCAGUAGCCUAAUUCUAUAGAACAGGGUUCCUUCGUCGUCCUAUUGGGUAUACAUCUGCUUUUUGCCUUUCUGUUUUUAUUAUUAUUAGCUAUCUAGUUCAUUUUCUCUGUAUCGCUACCUUACUUUUCUUCUUCUCCAAACUAAUAGUCAAUUAUGUGUCCAAAAAGGUUCUCCUAUUUUAUCCAUAAAGGCAGUAUCCCUAUCACGUAGCUUAUAAUACUCUCUCCCUAGGGAUAUAUUACCCCAACUAAAGUUAAUAUCCAACAGCUUCCACAUCCUUAUGUGAUAUCAUCCAUGUUAAGCUUUAUCACCACUCCUUCAAACCUCUGUUCUCGUCUCUCUUUGAACUCAUAACAAGCUAUUAUCUUGUUAUCUAAACUACACUUAAACAAUAUACAUUCUCCCUUCUCUUCACAAUCACGUUUCCUCGAACCUUGUUGAUUUACAUGCAGACUGCUUCCAAGUUCUAAUCUAAGGUUUUCAAAUUCCUAUAUCAAGUGCCCUUAUUAAUACUGUAUAGUGUAUUUCAACCUCGCACUUUCCUCAACACUUUUACACUAUAUCUACCUAAACCCUUCUAAGCCAGGAUUGUUCUGUUCCAGACGUAGUGACAAUAUGCUACGUUGCGAUUGUCACAAUAUCAGUCCUGGUAUAUACAGACAAAUACAAUACACAAAAUGGGUUUAUUUUGUAUGUAAUAUAAGCUAAAUUUGUGCACAGAGUUUUUAAGGCAUUGUAUCAGCACGGUAGAGUAUUUUGGCAUAUAUAUAAUUCAUAUUAUUGUAUGCCCAAGGUCUAUAUAAGUUUAGACCUUAGUUCAUGUCAGCCCUAUUAUGUAGAGAGAGAAAUCUAACAUUCACGAACGAUAGAGUAACAUUUACCACACACCGACUCCCUCUUUCCGUCCACAUUUACAAAGCACAGCCUUAACAACAUCUCUUUCCUGUCUCUCCCAUCACACACUAGCAUACCUUGCUUUUAUUUCCGCGUCUUUAACAAAAGGCAAAUAACUGAGAAAGUUUUGAGAACCGAGUGAAUUUGUGGCUUAGAAACGCCAGAUGUCCUUGAGGAUAUUAACUUUGACGAUCACUCUACGUUUUUUUAGCCAGCCGUAAGGAAACUUUAGAACAGGUUUAUAGUGAUUGUAUUGUAUUGGGUCCUCCCAUAGUACCAUGCUCACUCUACUGCUAUGAAGAACAUUUGAUUACUUCUCAUGUAUGAACCAAUUGCAUAAACUGACUUUUCAUAAGAAAAUUUACUAGGUACAAUUUAUCGGAUAUGACAGUGAUGAUAAUCAUGAACAAUCGCGUUAUUUUGCGGAAGUGAAAUCGGAAAGGAGAUGUAAAUGUGUAUAUUUGUGUGCUAGUGCAUUCGGAUUGAGAGAACAAAGGCCACCAUAGAAAAAAAAACCUGCGUCUCUUUCAUCCAUGAUUAAAUAUACUGUGAUUUCUGAGUGCCCAUGACAUUUCUCCAAUAUGGGAAUAAAUCAUCUGUAAUUCUGAACUGCAUAUUGUUCCCAUGAAAUCUUCCAGUAUCUUACAGAUUUUUGGACUGAAAUUUACUGUGGAAACACUAUACAACAUGUUGUUUGAAACAAUAGGAGAUUUUGCAUUUGAAAUUCAGUACAAAUGAAAUCAUUAAUAUUUCUGCCACAAGAAGUGAACUGAAAGUGUUUUUGUUUGCUUUAUUCUUCCAUUGAAACAAAAAAAAAAAAAAAUAACCAAAAAAAUGAAUUCAUGCUGAUUAGCUCAAGUAGAAUAUCAUUGAGAUUAGGCUCAUUUAGACGAAUAAGUAAAGCAAAGUACAGAAUAAAAUAGUAUAUACUAUGAUCCCAACCAUAUGUUUUAUAUUCUAGUGCUAUGUAUGAAUAUAGUAACUUACUAUUUGUAUACAAUGAAUAUCUAUUGGUGAGUAUAUGAAGCAUACAUAUAUAACGCACAAUCCUGUAAACAAUUAUAAGUGAAUGAAUAAACAAUGCUUUGAAUACGACAUGAAAGCAAUUCAAAAUAUUUAUGUAAAAAAUCAAACUAAGAGUAACUUAAUCUUUUAUACAUCAAACUUUCCUAUAUGAAUUGAUCGCAACCUGGUGUAACGUUUUUUUUUUUUUUUUCUGGUCAUAAAAGACGUGUGUGUUAACAUUGAUUUAGGCAUCACAAGUAGUGCCUUUUUUGUAAGACUUGUGUACAUUAUUCACAAGUAUUUGUUGUGUCUGUUCUGUAUGUCGGCUGUACCGAAUGAAGCAACCUGAUUCUGUGAAACACUACAAAGGUAUUACAACAUCCAGUGACCGUAAAUGGUUGCAACCCAAGCACAACCAUAGAUAGAUAAUCAAGUUAUCAAUCAGGGAGUAUGUUGGCUGUUGCAUAAUUGUGUCAUGCGAAUCAUUCACGUAGAAUUAUCACUCAUAGUAACCCAUAUGUCACAUCUACUUCACACCUCAAAUCAAUAUUAUUUGCUACCUAUGUGUUUGUGUAUAUUUAAUUUGUCAUUACAUGUCAUUCAUGUAAGCAUGUAUCAACUUAGAGGUAAUCUAAACUGUGUGAUAAGCCUAAUGUGUUAUAAAUGGCAACCGGUAAGUGUGAAAACGGGAGGGUCCUUGAGAUGCCAAAGGCCCCUUUGAUUGGUAAUUCCAAAACUAUUUUUCUUUUCUUUUUUUUAGUCAUCACUUGUAAAAUGGUACUAAGUUUACCCAAUAAUUUUGACAAAUCCAGUACUUAGUGAAUUUCAGUGCUCUUUUACUCUCUCUCUUGGUGGAUAGAAGUAUAAUAAUAGUAUCGGUAUUAAGUGACCAUUCUUAGCCAAUCAGAGAGCUUUUAACGGCAUAAUAUUGUCCAGCCGUUGGUACCGUUGCCGUUGACUGCUUCAUGAACACUUCCAAAAGUUAUUAUCUGUAGAUACAUCACGCUUUGUAUACAGAAUAUGUAGAAGUUUAAAUAGUUAAUUUAUGUGAUAUUUGUACAAACCAGAACUUAUAAUAAAAAAUAUAUAAAAAUA